UGACGACUAUGACGAGGUGUGGUCGCUCCAGAGAAGCAUGAAUAGAAAAGGGCAGAAAUACCUGUCUGUCCUUACCUGUCUCGUGCUUGGCAUCACCAAAUGAGUUUUAUGGUGCUUAGACCAAUAGAGUGAUCGCGAUCCCAAAGUUCAGUCGAGUUCAGCUCAGUGGUUACAUGGUUAUCUCCUGUUAUCCCACUGAGCACUGACAUGUAGACAAGCGACAUUUUUCUUUGAACUACGUGCAUUUUAAUGUAAUUAAAAUUGUUGCAGUUUAUAUUGCUAAUGUAUAUAUUAAAAAGAAGGAAUAUGUGUUCAUCAACUUCUUGUUUUUACUUUUGCCAGUGAAAAAUGUGCAUAGAUCAUGUAACAGUAUUCUGUUGGAGAAUUAUAAAAGGAAUUACGUUUAUUUGUGAAAAGACGUGUUUAUAGUGCAAUCAUUAUGUUUCGUUGCAUUCCGAUUUUUAAAGGGUGUAACAGGCAGGUGGAAUAUGUUGACAAACGUCACUGCUCUCUACCAACUGUUCCUGAUGACAUUCUCAGAUACACACAAAGCCUAGAAGAACUUCUUCUAGAUGCAAAUCACAUUCGUGACUUACCUAAGAAUUUCUUUCGACUCCAACGGUUACGCAAGCUAGGAUUAAGUGAUAAUGAAAUUCACCGACUUCCACCAGAUAUUCAGAACUUUGAGAACCUUGUAGAACUUGAUGUUUCUAGAAAUGAUAUACCCGAUAUUCCUGAAAAUAUAAAAAAUUUGCGCUCUUUGCAAGUGGCAGAUUUCAGUAGUAAUCCAAUACCUAGACUUCCUGCUGGAUUUGUACAACUCAGAAAUUUAACAGUGCUUGGGUUAAAUGACAUGUCAUUGUCUGAUUUACCUUCUGAUUUCGGAAGUCUCGACAACCUACAGUCUUUGGAACUACGGGAAAAUUUGCUCAAGUCCUUACCGGAAUCACUUUCUCAGCUUACUAAGUUAGAGAGAUUAGAUCUUGGUGAUAACGACAUUGAAGAACUGCCAGCGCAUAUUGGAAAAUUACCAGAACUUCAGGAAUUAUGGUUGGAUCAUAAUCAAUUGCAACAUUUACCUUCUGAAAUUGGUGAACUAAAAACUCUAGUGUGCUUAGAUGUUUCGGAAAAUAGACUUGAGGAUUUACCUGAAGAAAUUAGUGGCUUGGAGUCACUAACAGAUCUUCAUUUAUCUCAAAAUGUUAUUGAAAAAUUACCUGAUGGGUUAGGUGAAUUAAAACACCUAACUAUUCUGAAAAUUGAUCAAAAUAGAUUAUCGGUAUUAAAUUCGAACAUUGGAAGGUGUAAACACUUGCAAGAAUUAAUACUUACCGAGAACUUUUUAUUGACAUUGCCACUAUCUAUAGGAAAUCUUGUAAAUUUAAAUAAUCUUAAUGUGGACAGAAAUAGUCUUCAGUCAGUUCCUCGUGAAAUUGGAAAUUUAAAAAAACUUGGAGUUUUAUCCCUAAGAGAUAAUAAGUUACAGUUCCUUCCAAGUGAAGUUGGUCAGUGUGUUGCCCUUCAUGUAUUAGAUGUAUCCGGAAACAGAUUGCAGUAUUUACCGUAUUCGCUAAUUAAUCUUAAUCUCAAAGCGGUUUGGUUGAGCGAAAAUCAGGCCCAACCGAUGUUGACGUUUCAGACUGACAUAGACGAAGAUUCGAAGCAAGAGGUUCUUACUUGUUUUCUUUUACCUCAGCUAGAUUGUCAAAUAGAUGCACAUCAUGAUAAUGUAAAGCUGGGCAUUUUAUCAGGAAUGAAGGAUAAAGUGUCCAGAAAUGAAAUGAGAGAAAUUAAUAGUAGUGAUGAUGAAGGUUGGCAAGAAAAAGAGACGUCAAGGACUCAUUCCGUUAAAUUCACUGAUGAGCUACCAGAUAGCGAUAAAGAGACGCCUUUCGUUCGACAGAAUACUCCCCAUCCGAAGGAGUUGAAGGCAAAAGCUCAUAAGUUGUUCAGUAAAGGAAGAAAUGACAGUUAUUCUGCUUCCACGGAUGAACAGGACGUCUCACAAACAUUUGGACUGGAUAAGAUAGCAAAUGAGUCCUCAGACUUGCUGACUGAUGGUUCUGAACCUAAUACACAGUUAUCAAAUCAAGAUGUUCCCCAAACCGAUUUCAAUCCACCUUUAUCACAGAUUGCAAAUACGGAUGUUAAUAAAUCCUUGAGUAUUAAUUCUGAAAUUCUUCAGCAACCUUUAGACAAUCCAUCAAGCGAGGAUGUGGAAUUUGAAGAGUCGGUAUGUGAUGUUAAAUAUUGUGAUGUUGCUGAAAAUGAAGAUACAUUGAAGCGUGUUGAAUUUUCUAUAAUGGAGAACGUGGAUUUUGAGGGUGGGGGUGACCCUGUCAAACCCAACAAGCUACAUCGCAGAGAUACCCCUCAUCAUUUGAAAAACAAACGUAUUCAUACAUCAUUCGAUAAAGAGAAAGUUGCUUCUAUUAUAGCCCAGGCUUUGUUAAAGAAGAAUAGUAAUGGCGGAGUCACGUAUCCUGUACCAAUGGAUUCCGUUGAAAAUUAUGAUCAAAAUAAUCAAGAACCAAUAUCUGAUGCGGAACCAUCUAUAGAAGUGACAGAAGAACAAUAUGAAAUUCAUAUUGAAAGAACAACUGGUGGACUUGGACUAUCUAUUGCUGGUGGAAUCGGCUCUACACCUUUCAAAGGAGAUGAUGAGGGAAUAUUUAUUUCAAGAGUGACAGAAGGAGGCCCUGCUGAUGUUGCCGGUUUACGAGUGGGUGAUAAAGUUCUAUCAGUAAACGGAGUUUCAGUAGUUAAUGUUGAUCAUUAUGAUGCUGUAGAAGUUUUAAAAGCUUGUGGCCGUGUGUUGAUGCUUGUCAUUCUAAGAGAAGUGACUAAAAUUUUAUCGUCAACAGAUGUGAUUUCAGCUAGGAAAGACUCAAUUUGUUCGAAUAUAAGCACCAACAGCUUGAUUGGUGGAACGUCUUGUGUGUCAUCAACACCUAUGAUUAAUAAUUCUGAAAGCAUGGAAAUGAGUCAAACGAAAAAGAUAAAGAAAAGCAGCGAUUCUCCACAUACAAUGGAAUCAAAUGCGGAUUCUUUCAUAACUGUCAGUGUACAUACUACUUUAAUUCGGGACCAAAAUGGACUUGGCUUUAGCAUUGCUGGUGGUAAAGGUUCUCCUCCUUUUAAAGCCAAGUCUGAUGCUAUAUAUAUUUCAAGAAUAACAGAUGGUGGAGUAGCACAGAAAGAUGGAAAAUUAUUAGUUGGGGAUAAAGUAAUUGCUAUUAAUGGAGUUGAAAUGUUAGAAGCAAAACAUGACCAAGCUGUAUCCUUGUUAACUGGUUUGGAACGAUUUGUUCGAUUGGUUGUUGAACGCGAAGUUCCUGUCACUCAAGCUUAUCCAAUUAAUUCAGUGACAUCAUCAGAGAAGUUGUCACAAGUUAUGGGUGUAUCUAAGUCAUAUACAGGAAUAUAUGGAACAAACAGUUACAUGAAUAACAGACCUGUAUUUACUGGUAAUCUUCGUUCACCUGGUUUAUUCAAAACAGCCACUACACCCAAGCAAUUGACAAAUGAACCAAAUGUCAAUGGUGUGAGUGACGCGCCAAAUUUCAAAAAUUCCAUUCCAACAACGACGGCUUCUAUUCCCUUUCAAUCACAUCCACAAUCAAGUCCACAACCGGCACCAAGGACCAUUACGACCCAAUCACCACUUCCGCCAAAUGUAAAUAGUGAACCCAUUAAUGCUGCAGACAAUGGAUUGCCAACUACAAAUGCAACUUGUGAAGGUAGAUCAAGGAGUCCUCAAGAAGACAUACAGGUAUUGAAGCCAAUUACAAGUGAGGAAUUUCAAGCCAUGAUUCCUAUUCAUUUCCUUCGACCUCCGAGCUCUUCACCCUCACCAGACUCCCAUCAUGUUCCCGUUGUAACGGUAACAAUUAAGCAACCCGAUCAUUUUUCGGGGGAUGUUAAUUUUCCUCCAGCACCAACUGCAAUUGGUAAAGUUACUGAGACCAUCACAAAGAGUACACUUACGGAGACUGUUGUUACUAGAGUCACCGACAAUCAUUUGGUUCAGCCAAUUAUUACUGAGGAUGUUAUUCUUAUAAAAGAAGGUUCACUGGGUUUUAGUAUUAUUGGUGGUACAGAUCAUUCGUGUACACCAUUCGGAGCAAGAGAACCUGGAAUUUUUAUCUCACAUGUUGUCCCUGGCGGAAUAGCAUCUAAAUCUGGUAAAUUGAGGAUGGGAGAUAGAAUAUUAAAGGUUAAUGGAACAGAUGUUACCAAAGCCACUCAUCAAGAAACAGUGAUGGAACUGUUGCGACCUGGAAAUUCUAUUGUUCUUACUGUUCAGCAUGAUUCACUUCCAGAAAAUUAUCAGGAACUCGUUAUAGUUAAGAAUCCAGGUGAAAAAUUGGGAAUGCAUAUCAAAGGAGGUCUCCGAGGUCAAAGAGGUAAUCCACUUGAUCAUUCGGAUGAGGGUGUGUUCAUAUCAAAAAUAAAUUCAGGCGGUGCUGCUAAAAGAGAUAACAGAUUAAAAAUUGGUAUGAGAUUGCUGGAAGUUAACGGAACAUCGUUGUUAGGAGUUACUCAUCAGGAAGCUGUGAAUAUUUUGCGGUCCUCUGGAGAUUCAAUUUCACUAGUAGUUUGUAAAGGUUAUGAUAAAGGUGAAAUUGAGAAUUUAAUAAUGGCGUCAAGUGGCAGAGAAUCAAAGGAAUUAGAUGGAUUUUAUGAGUUUAAAGAAGAAAUUAUUGAUGAUACAAAAUCCUUAACCCAUAGCAUAUCGAGUCUUGAUCGAGACGAUGAAGAAGCUGCCACCCUUAGGCAAGAACAAGAUAUGAAAGCGGAACUUGUAGCGUGGGAACAAGAAGAACAAGAGCGUGCAAUCCUUGAUCAAAAAGAAAAAUCUACUCCUGAAAAAGUUUUAGAUGUUGUCAGAGCUGCUGAAUCGUUAGUUAAUAAACCAAGCAGUCCAACCGACAUAUUUGUACCACCCAAGUCACCUGGACCAUUAAAAGAUCUUAAAACAACUACUAUUGUAAUGAGUAAACACACCUUGGCACCACAACAUCCACAUAUGUUGGAUGAGGAAAGUGCUACUUUGGAUACCCUUUAACAGCAGAAAUAUGUUCUUCAUUGCUUUUCUCUACGUUUGUGUUCACGCAUCUAAAGGCCUUCACACCAAUGUAAUACAAUUUUACAAAUAUGUCGAAAAUGAUUAAUGUAAUAAAUGUCCUUUCUUUUAUACAUUUCUACGACUAAAAUUGUAAUAUUAAUUUUUAAUUAAUACUUUAUUUUUGUAAAUUAGAAAAAAGUAUUUUACUUUUUUCUUUAUGUCUGUUUUUAAUUCGUCGACUUACAAAGAUUCUUUUCUAUAAAAAAAUGUAUUUCAAAUUAUAUUAGGCAUAUGGAUAUAUGUUAUCUAAAGUAUAGUAUAGCUAGACUCAAA